AAAGCAGGUAAUGUGUUGGCAGAUUAAAAAAAAUUUGGAGAGUAUUAAAACUUAUUUUAAUUAAAAGGAUAAAGGAAACCCUAAAUAUCGGGUAAUUAAUUUUUUCUUAUAAGGAGGAGCGAACCAAUGUAAUUAAUUCUUAUUCUUCAGACACAACUUGUGGGCCACGGUAUGUGCCCUCGCGCAAAAUUACUCCGAACGCAAGCCACUUCCCAAAAACCGGCAGCUUGUUUGAGUGCUGAAAUCAUUCUGCUGUGGAAGUUGAGCAAGAAGAGGGCUGGGCACAUUGAGCUAUUACUUUAUCAGCCAGUAAUUGUAAGAGUCGCAUUAUUUACAAGAAGAGAGGUAUAGCCUAUAUUCUAGAGGACAAUGAAACAGAAGAGAUUGAGAUUCAGCGGAAUGUUCCUUUAGAAGAUGAAAAAACCCUAAAUGAUUAUGGGCCCUCCAUUGAUUUGCUAGAUUCAAGUAUAAUGCUACCUCCUGUCAAUGCCAGUAGUUUUGAAAUAAAUCCAACUAUAAUCAUGAUGAUCAAAACCUCAUAUCAAUUCGGAGGCCAUCCACAUGAGGAUCCAUACGCUUACAUCGUGGAUUUCCUUGAACUUUGUGCCACAUUCAAGAUCAAUGGUGCUUCUGAUGAUGCUGUGUACUUGAGGCUUUUCCCAUUCUCUUUGAAGGGCAAUGUUAAGAGGUGGCUGCACAAUCUUGCUGCUAGUAGCAUCAGAACUUGGAAGGAUAUGGCAAACCAGUUUCUAUUCAAGUAUUAUCCUGUUGCAAAGACUCUGAAUAUAAGGGCUGAGGUUUUGAAUUUUUCACAAGGUGAUAACGAGACACUAUAUGAAGUGUGGGAUCGAUUUAAAGAUUUAUUGAGAAGAUGUCCCCAUCACGAUGUGUCAGAUUCGGUGAUAUUAGAAACUUUUUAUUCAGGACUAUUAUUGAUGACUAAACUCAGGGUAAGAGUAGCAGCAGGUGGCUCUUUUUUGGCCAAGACUCCAGAAGAACUCUAUGGACUAAUCGAGGACCAGGCUAGGAAUGAGGAUCAUUAGUUUAACAAAUCUUUUGGUGAUGGCAAUGAUUACUAUUAAUGUUCUUUUUUUAAUCAGGAAAAAUGUUAAGAGUUCAGUUCCUAUUACACACGAAGUAUUUGACUUGUUAUAGGUUUUAUAGCAUAUAUAUUUUGAACCAGAAUGCUACCAAGUUUAACUAGUUUUAUCUUUGACUCAAGUGCUUCUUACCUUGAAGUGCCACUCUUUUUUAUUAUAUGGUUACUUGAUUGUA